AUGGUUUCAGUUGGUUCCAAAUCAUUGCCAUCAAGGAGGCACAGGAGCAGUGAGGAAGAUAGCUUAAUGGGUGAACGAGAAAAGUCUGGCAACAGUCACAGUUCAAGGAAGAAAGGAAUGUGUAGGAAGGCUCAGAAAGGAAGCCGUGGGUUUGAUGGAGAUAGUAACAAGAGGAACCAAUCCGGUGGUGCCGCUGCUGCCAAUGUAAAGCCAGCUUCUAAGAAACAAUCUGAAUAUGAACAUCAUAAUGAAAUUGUCAGGAAAGAGAUUGAUCCAGAAACUUCAAAGUAUUUCUCUGAGAUUGCUAAUCUCUUUGAUAGUAACGAAGUUGAUUUAGAGGAGCGUUCAGUGAUAUGUGGAAAUGCUCUUGAGGAGACAAAAGGAAGGGAGUAUGAAAUUGCGACUGACUACAUCAUAAGUCAUGUCUUGGAAACUCUUCUUGAGGGAUGUGAACUUGAUCAGCUCUGCAGCUUCGUACGGAACUCUGCAGAGGUGUUCCCUGCCAUUGCAAUGGAUAAGUCUGGUUCUCAUGUUGCAGAGUCUGCUCUCAAAUCCUUGACCACACAUCUGGAAAACCCAGAUGCCUAUUCUGUUAUUGAGGAGGCUUUGAAUUCUAUAUGCAAGGUGAUUGUGGAUAAUCCUCUUGAUAUGAUGUGCAAUUGCUAUGGUUCCCAUGUUCUUCGCAGGCUUCUAUGUCUUUGCAAAGGAGUCUCUUUAGAUUCUCCUGAACUUCAAGGCGCAAAAUCAUCCAAAGCUCUGGCGAAACGUUUGAAUUUGAAGACGUCUCAGUUAGAUCCGCAGCUAGAGGAAUAUCCUCAUCAAGGGUUUCCGGAUGUGCUCAGUUACCUUUUAUCUGGGCUAUUAAAUUGUAGCAGAGAGGACAUGAAGUAUCUUCAAGUUGAUCAGUUUAGCAGUUUGGUCUUACAGACUGCUCUCAGACUAAUGGCGAAACAAGAUCAUGAGUUGCUUCAAAUCAUUCCUCUUGUUCUGCGCUGCAACUCUACUGAUGAAAACGGAGAGGGGGUUCAUAUUGAGACUGAUGUUGCCAAGGAAAUCUUAGAGUCAAUGAAGGAUAAUUCAUUCAGUCAUUUGGUGGAGGUGAUUUUGGAAGUGGCCCCUGAAAGUUUGUAUAAUGAACUGUUCAACAAAGUUUUCAAGAAGUCUUUAUAUGACCUUUCACUUGAUCGGUGUGCAAAUUUUGUAAUUCAAUCGUUGAUCUCGCAUGCAAGAGACCAAGAGCAGAUGGGUUUGAUAUGGGAAGAAUUAGCUCCAAGAUUCAAGGAUCUUCUUGAACAAGGGAAGUCAGGUGUUGUGGCUUCUCUGAUAGCGGCUAGCCAAAGGCUUCAAAGUCAUGAACAUAAGUGUUGUGAGGCCCUUGCUGGUGCAGUAUGCUCCACAAAUGAAUCCCGUAUGUCCAUUGUUCCACGGUUGUUGCUUCUUGAUAACUACUUUGGUUGCCGAGAUACGUCUACUUGGGAGUGGGCUUCUGGUGCAAGGAUGCAUGUCAUGGGUUGUUUGAUCCUUCAGGAGAUUUUCAAGUUUUCUAGCGAUCUUAUACAGCCAUACAUAACAAGCGUAACUUCUAUGAAAGCCGAGCAUACCAUUGAGACAGCAAAAGAUUCCAGCGGAGCACGUGUCAUUGAGGCCUUUCUUGCCUCCAACGCUGCUACAAAACAGAAGCGCAAACUAAUUAACAAGUUACGUGGACAUUUUGGCGAGCUUGCAUUACACACAUCGGGUUCAUUUACUGUUGAGAAGUGCUUCGAUGCAUGUAACGUGUCAGUACGGGAAGCCAUAGCAAUUGAACUGUUGGAUGUGAAAGCUGAUCUCUUGAAGACAAAGCAAGGGCCCUUUCUGCUUAGGAAACUAGAUAUCGACGGUUAUGCAUGGAGACCUGAUCAGUGGAAAUCAAGACAAGAAGCUAAGCAAUCGACAUAUAAGGAAUUUUUUUCUGCAUUCGGCUCCAGCAAAUCAGAUUUUCCAAUGAACACAUUUGUUUCUGAUGAAACUGAGGAUCCAUCUGAGGAGAUAGAACCAAAGAACACAAGCAAAGAGAUUGACCAUCGUCCUACUUCCGGGGUUAAGCGCCACCGUGAAGAACAUGCAAGGGAUAAGGAUGAACCUUUUGCUGGUGAAAAGAGAGCGAAGAAGAAGAAGAACAAAACUAGUGAAGCAACGGAUAAUAAUAAACCAGCUUCCAAGAAACGACCUUUCCUUUCUGGCGAGAUGAAGAAUCGGCACGCAAAUAAAAUGAGAAUUUGA